AAGACGCCUACAAGCUCGACAUCCCUGCAGUGCUCAUGAGUGGCAUUGCUGAGUGGGCUGCCUGAAGGAUCUGACUCUGUUGUGUGCUCUUGUGCUUUGGGUGCGCAGAACACUAUUCAAGAGGCUGUUGGAGGCCGUUGGUAGAGCAGGAGAUAUCAGACAAGAACCAAAAUGGCUGGAACAGAGAGGCUGGAGAAUGUCAACCCCCACAUCUUUGCCAAGGCCGGGGAGAGGCUAGCGAGCCCAACCGACUGGGACGACGGCGUGUACGAUCCGUUUGAUUCCCGCGAGAUCUUUGACUUGAUCAGGAAUAUUCGUGACCCGGAGCAUCCCCUGACCCUGGAGGAACUCAAUGUGGUAGAGGAGAGUCAGUGUGAAGUAAGUGACGUGGAGAACUUCGUGAUGGUCCACUUCACGCCCACAAUCCCUCACUGCAGCAUGGCCUCUCUUAUUGGCCUCAGCAUACGACUCAAACUUCUCCACGCAUUGCCUGCAAGGUUUAAAGUAGAUGUCCGCAUUUCACCGGGAACCCACGCAUCAGAACACGCCAUCAACAAGCAGCUCAACGACAAGGAGCGUGUGGCCGCAGCUUUGGAAAACUCACACCUUCUAGAAGUCAUCAACAAGUGCUUGAAUCCACGUUGAUAAAUGCACCGUUGAUUGUUAUGCUGAGAAGGAAAUUGAGGAAAGGCAGUGGUUGACACAGAAAGCCUAUAAUACUCUUCUUUUUUUUUUUCUUGUGUUUUAAUGUGAUUUGUUUUAGAUUAUGAAUUAUUGUAAUGUUAAGAAAUGAGUUGAUUUCUUUGGAGGCAAGUGGAGUGAAGAUUUCAGUUGAAGUUUCUGUAAAAGGAAAGUUGCUUAGCUUUAUCUUCUGCUUCCUCUUUUACCAUCUUUUCCUCCUUCCCCUUCACCCUUUAUACCAUCUUGCUAUCUUCUUUUUUUAAGUUCUCAGUAUAAAGGGUAAUCUUGAAUUUUACGAUGUGACAAUGUUGUAGCCUUUGUGUCUGAUCAAAUGUAUUUAUUUUUGGUUUUAACUCUGUGUGUUACAUCUGUUGUGGUAUUUCGGUUUAACUUUGAAGAAAAACAGUGAAGUAAAUUGUUGACCAUUUCUAGUUCUAUGAUUCUUUAAAGCUAGAAAAAAAAAUCUUUAAUUGAUCUGAAUUAAUUUCAUGUAAAUAAUUGUGUUAAUUUUAUAUUCAUUACCAAGCCAUGACUAAAAAAGGAGAAUGCUGAAGACAAUUAGAAAAGGAAAUUCAAGAAUUUAAAUCCUAGCAUCACAUAAAGUUGACGAUUUUGAUUUUGUUUUGGUUUAUUUUAGUCAAUGAAGUUCAACUGAUUAAUGCACAGAUGACCAGCAAAUGCAGUAAAAGGUCUUACAUUUCUCUGCUGUAUAUACACUUAGUAAUUUAUAUAUUCCUGUGCAUACCUCAAUGAAAGGCUUGAAUCUACUGGAACUGCCAUCAGUAAAAAAAACGAUUUUGUGAAGAAAUGUUUUUUUUUGCUUAUAUUUCAAAGUGAAGUAUUAAGUAUUCUGUAUUAUUAUGCUAGAGAAUAUCAGGAACUACAUUACCUAUGCAUACUGUAUUAGAUAUAUUAUAAAGUCUGUAUUAUGUCAGUAGUGUAUCUUGCUGGCCAAAACUCCAUUCAUACAUUUUGAAAUCUGGCAUAAACUAUUAAAUUUUUAUAUCAGAAAUUUUCCAUGAAAGUAAUGCAAUAUAAAUACAUCAUGUAAAAUUCACUUUUAAAACCAUCCCUUUCAGUCUGCCAAUAUCAAGAGAGAGAAAAGAGAAAGGGAGACCCAUCCUACUGUAUCUUUACUUAAAAGGAAGCAUUUAAUCAAAUAAUGAUUUGAAAUAUAAUUUAAGUUUACAUUUAAUUAUAGUUUUGCUUAAAAUUUAAGUUGGAGUUAAAAUAAGUUUUUACCAGCACUUUCUCAACUGAACUUCGUAUUUCUAUACAUUAUAUACUAGGUAUAUAUUUUACUAACAGGUAAUGCUGUACAUACAAUACAUUCUGAACACUACAUUUUAUGCUACACUGAUAUAUAUAUAUAAUAAAUACAUUUAACUUUCUACACCUAUCUUCUAUAUAGUAUACUUUGUGAAUACUAUACAUACUUUAAUAAUACUAUACAUCAUUAUAAAUCACUCUUACAUAUUCUGUCCUUUACUAAUGCCCUUUGGAUUAAGUAAUACUACUGCUAUAUUUUCUGUACUAAACAAAUACCAAAUUACACAUACUAUGCAUAGUUUUUCAUGAACUAAAGAAGAAAUAUUAAUGCAGUAUAAAAUCUUUGUUAAGGAAACUGUAUAUAAUACCACACUUUUUUUUCCAUGUGUGUGUUUCUGCAGAGGCAGUUAUUUAUGGCAGAUCUGUCAACUUUCUUUCUAGCCAUGUUUUGAUGCCAGCUGUAUUAGUUGGGAGUUUUGAUGUUUGAUAUUAAAGAUGAGGAAAGAUUUGAUUUAAUGAAAAUUAGGAUGGUGGAAAACAUACACGUGCUUACACAUACACAUUUACAAAUACAUGUAUGGAGCAUAUGACUCUUUGUUCAUUAUUACCAUUUCUAAAAAAGACAGUUAAAUUUACUCUCACAUGGUUCUUUUAGGUACCAUGAAGAUAUAUGCCAUAAUAGCAUAAAUUAUCACUUAAUAGUGAUAUUUGCAAAAAAAAAACUAUGUAGUGCAAGAUUUAUAUAUAUACAUAGACUAUAUAAAAGACUAUUUUUGGAGCAUGGAAGGAUGUCUUUCAAUGUGCUUGUCAAAAACUUCAAUUUUGUAAAUUAAGAAACAUUCUAAAUUGUUACCUCCCAUGUUCCAUUAAAUUAUUUUUCUCAGCA